AAUGAAGACUGAUUCAUAGUGAAAGUAUAAGAUUUCGGGUCAUUUUCACUGCGUCAGUCUUCCUGUUUGCUUCGAUGCUGUUCUAUGUACUAAAAUAUGGCAGAUAAAAUCAGUCAUUCCUGCUUGGUGUCCAAGAUUGCCAUCACUCUAUCGGUCGUCRGUUUGUUGUURUGCUGYGGUGUGUUUUUAAGAACAGAAUUGAUGCUAAACGAGCUGUAUUCAAGAGACAUUAAGCUGCCAGACAAGAUGACUUCAAAACACGACAUGAACAAAGGCGUAAAUCGAUUCGACAAAGAUCAUCAUUCAACAUUUGGGAAACAAAAAACAAAGCAAACCAAAGACGUUUUCACAAGAAAAGUAAGAGAUGUUACAACUGUAGUCAACAGCACCAUUACUGAUGAUUUAUUAUCAAAGAAAAUUCAUCAAGUUGUGGGAAAAGCAGUWGCCAAUUUACAAUCUGCCAAAUACUGGAUUCCCAUUCCAGGACCUGCCGGUCCACAAGGAAAACCCGGUCCAAGAGGACCGAGAGGACGCAUGGGUAAACCUGGACGUCGAGGAAAACAAGGACCACGUGGUUUGCCUGGAAAGAUCGGACUUCCUGGUCCCAGAGGAAUGCCUGGACCAAAGGGACCAAAGGGACCAAAGGGAGAUCGUGGUCCUUCCUUAGCACGUCCAACAGUACUCAUUUCACCAACACAUCUCAUCGUCAAUGAAAGCCAGUCCGCCAUCUUACAUUGUUCCUCUAAUGGUUACCCUCGACCUGAUGUUGUAUGGAGUAAAAACAACGGUACAUUACCACACAAACGAGCAGUAGUUGAUAGCACUGGCAAACUUGAUAUCAAACACGUGACACUCAAUGACUCAGGAAUCUAUCAGUGYAAGGCUUCUAAUCUUCUUGGCAGCACACAAACAACUGCGAAACUUACAGUGAACUUUCUUCCACGACUGACCUUGAACAAAGGACCAAUCUACAGAAAGAUUGGUGAUGACAUUCGUCUACCUGCUUGUCACGUGACUGGAUACCCAAAACCCAACGUCACGUGGUCAAAAGCUUUUGAAUCUUUGUCAAUAAGUCGAUCUAUUAUCAAGGGUGAAAAUCUGACUAUACUGAAAGCCAAGAAAGACGAUUCAGGGAUAUAUGUUUGUAAAGCUGAAAAUCUUCUUGGUUCUGUUUUAGGAUCUGUUAUGGUAAAUGUUAUCGAUCUGCCUGUAUUUGUUGUCAAGCCUCCCACAUCGUAUACAGUACUUUUAGGGAAAAACGUAUUGUUGAACUGCACCGCUAAAGGUGAUCCUCAGCCUGUCAUCAGUUGGAGAAAAGACAACGRMGUUCUUCCUGWUGRBAGRUAURAAGUGAGAGAUGGCUCUUUGAUUAUAAGGAACGUCAAGAAAGCAGAUUCGGGUGUGUUUGUGUGCAUUGCUACGAGUGCUGGUGUUUCUCAUUCACAUGCACGUACGAUAUUGACUGUGCAUUUUAAAGAUUGUGCUGAGCUUUAUAAAUCAGGAGAGAGAAGUAACGGUGUGUACACAGUUCAACCCGACAAGCAGCCUGCAUUUCAAGUCUACUGUGACAUGACAACUGACGGUGGGGGUUGGACUGUGUUCCAAAGAAGACAAGAUGGAUCGGUUGAUUUCUAUCGCAAUUGGCAGCAAUACAAAACAGGUUUUGGAAACCUGAAUGGUGAGUUUUGGUUGGGUAACGAUUACAUUCAUCGACUGACAGCAAGAACAGCGUCGAGUCUGCGCGUUGAGGUAGAGGACUGGGACGGAACUAGGAAGUAUGCCAAAUAUGGUAGUUUUAGUGUUGGUGAUGAAUCAGACAAGUACAGGCUGAGGGUUGGCUCGUAUUCCGGUACUGCUGGGGACUCGUUAUCAUAUCAUAACAACAUGGCGUUUAGUACAAAAGAUAGAGAUAACGAGAGCGACGGCCGGAACUGUGCUGCAACUUAUACCGGUGGCUGGUGGUUUAAUGCCUGUCAUCAUUCUAAUCUGAAUGGAAAGUACCUUGGAAACGCGAUGUCGUUAAAAGGAAUUAAUUGGUGGAAUUUUUAUAACAAUAAACAAAGUUUUAAGAAAUCUGAAAUGAAAAUGCGUGCUAGUGGAUUCUAAUGCAUGAGUAGCACAGUAAGAUAACGCUGGAGUUAUUGCUCUUUGUUAUUUGUACAGACAUUUAUCAACGAUUUGUCAUCACGUUUGUUGCAAGUGCUAUAGCCUGAACAGGUGCCUAGUGGUAUGAUAGUUGAUUCUAAUUUUAUUGAAAGUAUACCUUAAUUGGCAAAAAUUUCAAAGAAAUACCGAUCAAAUUUUGAAGAAAUCUGAAAUGAAAAUACGUAGUAGUGCUUUGUAAUGCAUGAACAGUACAAUGUUUUUUCAUAAUAAUUAUUUUUUUCCAUGUUUAUUAUUAAUUGAUUAGCACCACUGCAUAAUUCUUACAAAUUAUUUACAAUCUAAUAAGACAUAAAUAUAUUUCUUUUAAUAACAGGUUACAUUAGAUUUCUGAGCUUCUUACGUCACAGCUUGCGUUUCAAUGCAUUCUGGGAUCAGUUUCAAGUGAAAACAAAAGAAAUCCGCCAUGUUCUGUCCCAAACAUAUCCUAGAAUGCAUUGCGUAUACGGUACAUGACGUAAAAGCUUUAGGGGUCAUUAACAAUUGUUAAUUUUAAAUUUAUUUAUAACUCUUUUGUUGUUUUGCUCUUUUAUAGAUUAAAUCAACAUGUUGUUUAUU